UCCAAACAAACGCCUUUGCGCGCCGGUGCAGGUUAGAAAUGUUCUCAGCAAUACAGAAAGAUCCUAACCACACAAUUACAGAGAACGGUGUUCAUUGCUUAAAUUCAGACUGUGUGCUUCCAAUGUGCAUCAACUCAAAGCUUGGUAACCUCAUCAAGAAAAGAACAGACUGCAAAAGAGGCAAAAACUCUAAAGCAACUACAGAUAUGAGCCUGCAAAAUGUGGCUGACGAUAAAAUGAGCAGCGUCGCCGCAAAUGGAGAUGUGGAGCAGUGGUGGAAAGACCUUGAAAGAUUGGGAGUUCUGGAGCAGCUUCCUAUGACCAGUAACACCCACAUUGAUUUGUCCGCAUUCCUCUAUGAAAAAAAUGAUCCUUCUCCCAGUCAUUUAGGGGCCGUACUGAGACCAUGUUUCAGCCAAGGGAUCCCAUUGCUUGGAAAUCAACCACAACCUUGGAUAGGAGAGGUGCAUUCAAGCGCUUCUCCAGUCCACAAUCUACCUUUCCUUGAUGCCGGACUUUGUCAGGAUACACAAACGGCGGUAAUAAAUCCUUUUAUUCAGUCUGGAAUCACCAAAAACGGAACAGACCCACUGAAAGACACCGAUGCAUACAAGUCUGCCAAGUCUGGAAAGUUGUUUGAGAUUCUCUCCUUGAUCUUUCAGGCUCUCGAGGGCCCUCAUACAGCAAACCUUGAGGAGUAUUAUGCAUCUGCGUUACAGAAGGCCCUUCAUGAAAUUCAAGCGGUUAAGAGUCUGUGUCAGCAAUAAUCAAAUACUCAUUCACUGCUGCCUUUUAAGGCACUUUAAAAAGUGGCAACAGCCCCAUCUUCAAAUAAACUUAAUGAAAGAUAAGAUUUCCUCGAAGACUUUGUUCAUGCGUAGGGCUACAAGCCAUAAAGUGAGUUCUUAGUAGAAUUGCUUUUAACUUAAAACCUAAGUUUUGUCGUUGUCCUCGCCACUGUAGUUGUAACUUGGUAGCCAUAAUAUAGACUAUUGCCCCGCCCUAAAAGACAUGCAUUAAGUAUUUCAUAUUCUUUUGAAUUGAAUAUUUGAUACAUUUCAGUCCUGGAGAACCAGUUUUGAAUGCUCUUAAACUUCUUACAUCAUCCAUUCAGUUGCUCUCGGCUGACAAAUGUUUGCGAAAGUCACCAGAUUUCAAAUGAGUAUUAAGGCGAAAAGUGGAAAUAGUAAUGUCAAGUCCUUUUCUGCCCGGAAGCUAUCUUGAGAUGAAAUAAAAUUUUAUUAAUGA